CGAACAGACACCCGUGUCGGUUGAGGCGUUGAAACCUUCUGGCACAUCAAUCCUCCGUCAACAGUCGAUGGAAUGCCAUUUGAACGAUGGCGACGAUCACACGGGAGCGCAUGCCCGUGAGCUUUUACACCCGCAAGGGCGUGCGCGUGGCGUACCUGUGCCACGAGACGGACUGGGUCCCCGACUCGCUCCGAGCGGCGUGCGCUUCAUGCACGGCCAAGUUCCAUGUGUUCAACCGCAAGCACCACUGCCGCCUCUGCGGCGAGAUCAUCUGCGGUGGUUGCUCUGGGGUGAUGGCCUUCCACGCCAGCAACCGCAUCCGCGCCUGCCACUCAUGCAUUCGGUCGAGCCUGGUCGAGUUUACAGCCGACGCGCCACCCGCCGUCGAUGCCUUGUCCACCAGAGUCGUGAUGCAGACCACAACGCACCCGCUGUACAAGGACGAUGACGUGGCAGCGUCUCGUGCGUGUUCGCGGAGUACGGCCGUGAUCUACCUCACAUGCUUCAUCGUCCUCGCGCAUGUUUUCGUUGGCCAAGACAUUGCUAGCACCUUUCUCACGAGGCUCUUGAAGUAAUCAAAAUAAAUACUUGUGUUCAUUUCCAUUGACAUCGCAGUGGAAGCACACUCAA